CUGGACAUGAAUGUGGAAUCAGCUUGCUUAAAAUCCAGCUUUCUGCUGCUCUUCACUCGGUCCAUGUCCUGCUCUGCUUGAACACACAAUUAGUCUAUCAGGAAGCAGAAUUCAGUGUACGGAUACACUACUUGAGUAUGAGCAUCUAUGGGCAACAGCAAGCAGGGGAGGAACCAGAAAAUCGACUUAUGCCGGGCCCUGAUGACGAUGAUGAUGGCAUACAUGAGGUUGCGGAUAUUGAGAUGCAAGGUCCCACGAAUCUCAGGGUUGCGGAUAUUGAGAUGCAAGGUCCCAAGAAUGAAGUACUUAAUUCAAGAGAAAUAGAGAAAACGAAAAAGAGGCAACAACCGGAGUGGGUUGGGAAAUUCUCCCAACAUCUUUUGCAACAAUCAGAGCGGAUUGGGAAAGUCUCCCACCAUCUUUGGCAACAAUCAGAGCGGAUUGGGAAAAAGGUCCUCCCAAAGAGGAAGCCAUCAGUUCAAUUCUGGUAUAACUUUUUGGCAGGGUCGUGUGUGAUUUCAGUAUCAGUGGAUCCUUUCUUCUUUUACAUUCCCGUGAUCAAUGAAGUCGGAAAGUGCGUUCAUUUCGAUAGAAAAUUAUACAACGUAAUUGUUUGUCUCCGAACGCUCCUAGACGGCAUUUCUCUUGUGGAUAUCAUAUUGCCAUUUCUUCGUUCUUGUUUACACAAGGAGAAAGAAACGAAGGGAGAUACUAGUGUUUGGCUCAGAAUAAAGAGGUACUUGAAAGUCGCAAAUGAUAUCAUUGCUAUUCUUCCAAUCCCGCAGGUAAGGGAGACUUUUUUGCUUCUUAACAGUUCUACAUAUGUUUUAUAAAAAAAAAAAAAAAGUUCUACGUAUGUCUUUCCAAAAGCUCAAAUGCUAGGAGGCCGAUUAUAUUCCGUAACUGGCCCCGAAUCAUUUAGCUUUGAUGUGUUUUUGCAUGUUUUAGUCUUAGCUACAUGUCGCACACUAGCGAUCGAAAUUCACGUUGUAUUACUAUAGCUCUGUAAAUUCGAUCUUAUAAGUCGAUUUAGCAUUCUUGUGUUUAA